AUGACUCUAAUAUUUCCAGGCAAAGAUUCGCCAAGCUCAAAGCUGUUAUAUGCUAAAGAUAUACCGGAGUAUCGCAAAUGGGUUGAUCGAUAUUACAGAGAUAUUCGGGAUAUGUCUUCAAUAUCUGAUCAGGAUAUGAAUGCAAUGCUCGCUGAGGAAUCUAGGCUCCACACGACUGAAUUUAACACGAAUUGUGCUUUGCAUGAGCUCUACACGUACGCUGUUAAGUAUAAUGAACAACUGACAGUAACACUAGAGGAGGAUGAAUUUUCCCAAAAACAAAGACUGGCAUUCAAACUGGAGCAAGUUCAUAAUAUAAUGUCAGCUGAAUAAGCAUCUCAGCAGAAAUAGGAAACCCAAGAUUUUAAUCAUCA